UGUCAUUGCCCUGUUGCCUUGGCAGCAGCAAUUACGUUCUUCACAGCAGAUAAAAGGAGCGAGCACUAAGGGCAAAAAUAACACUGCCAUCUGUUUCUGGAAGGACGCAUUAGCCAGACUAUCCCAGCUCCUCAAAGGUUGUCACGACUUUGCCAUCAGCUGUCAUGUUCAAGGUAACUCUGCUGGCACUGGUCGGCUUGGCCGUGGCCUCUGCUCACAGCUCUCAGGAUGCAGACAAGGUGACUGAAGCCGAUAUCCAGCGGUUGCUGCAUGGAGUCAUGGAGCAGUUGGGCAUUGCUCGGCCUCGAGUCGAGUACCCAGCUCAUCAAGCAACAAAUCUGGUUGGGCCACAGAGCAUCGAAGGUGGUGCCCAUGAAGGAUUGCAGCACCUGGGCCCCUACGGCAACAUCCCCAACAUUGUGGCUGAGUUGACAGGGGAUAACAUCCCAAAGAAUUUCAAUCAAGACCAAGGCUACCCAGACCCACCCAACCCCUGUCCACUGGGGAAAAAAGCUUCCGACGGAUGCCUAGAACAUAUUCCUGACACAGCUGAAUUCAGCAAUGAAUACCAGACCCAUCAAAGCCUCUUUAAUUCAGAGCACAACUAUCCAGCAAAGAGGAAAUGGAACAAGAGCGUGAUGUACAGAAAUGUGAGAAGUGCACCGAGGAGGAGAAAGAGGAGCCUGAACCCAUACCUGCAAGGGAAGAGACUCGACAAUGUUGUUGCCAAGAAGUCAGCUCCUCAUUUCUCUGAAGAGGACAAAAGUACCAAUUAGUAGAUCAGUAACAACAUUUGAAACAUCUCAACUAAUUGCAUAAGAUAUGGAUCAAUCACCACAUCUCAGUUUAAAGCUAUAGUAUUUACUGUUGAUACAUAGGUAUCAAAUAGAUAUAUCUGUUGCAUGUUUCUGGCAGUGCUGGCAGCUUAAGUUGAGAAAUAUUGCAAGUUUGAGUGCCUUGAUGGUUGUACCAAGGCUAAUCGCAAUCUGCAAUUGUAAUAAAAAUAAAAAAUUAAAUAGCACAUAAACACCUGAA